GCAUUCCUUAGUCCUGAAAAUCCUGAGGAGCCUUAUCUGGAAGGCAUUGGCUUUAACUGCGUGGCUCCGGGAAAACGCUUUAUGCCAAUGGACAGUUUGUCAGGAGGUGAAAAAUCUGUGGCAGCUCUGGCUCUUGUGUUUGCUAUACACAGUUUUCGGCCAGCACCUUUUUUUAUUUUAGAUGAGAUAGAUGCUGCCCUGGAUAACACAAACAUUGAUAAAGUAUCAAGUUUCAUUAGAGAACAGGCACAUGAACAGAUUCAAAUGAUAGUUAUUUCUCUAAAGGAAGAGUUUUAUUCCAAAGCAGACGCAUUGAUUGGAGUGUGUCCAGAGCACGAUGACUUUAUGUUCAGUCGAGUACUGACUUUGGAUCUUACCGAGUAUCCAGACAUCGAUGACCAGGAAAGAACAGAGAAGCACAAACGCAGUUCGGUUUUGGAAUAAAGCGUGGAUGAUUUCAGGGCCAGGUGACAACAGCAAGAACUGUGUUUACAGCUGACUGUUACAAAUCUGAGUUUGAAUGUGGC